AUGGCGAAAAAGAAGGCACCCUCAAUCCACUCCCGCGCCGCUCGUCGCGCAACAGACAUCGACAUCGACACCGACAAGUCACUAAAAGAAGUCAAGCCUCCCCGCGAUGCUACCCAGCGGCCCUCCGUUCUAGCAGCGCACCACUCGGCCGGUAUCACCAAGAAGGCCAAGCGCGGUCGCAAAGAGAAGAUGUCUGCCAAGGCUAGAAAACGUCAUGAGAAGGGCCUCGAGAUGGCUGCUGCUGUUGUGGAGCGCACCAAGAACAAGGUUGAGAAGAGUAAGGGCCGGGGGAGGAACAUUCAGCAGAGAAGUAAGAAUUGGGAUGAGAUUAACAGGGCUACUGAGGAGGCUGAGGGUGCGGAGAGCGCGGAGAGUGAUGCCGAUGUGAAGGGGCGUGGGGUCGCUAUGGACGAGGAUAUGGAUGUUGCAGACGAGACAUCUACAGAAGUCACCGCUCCCGCGGCGGUACCUCUACCCGCGGACGAGGAUGGUGACGAGAUCCUCUAG